AAUUUUAUGUAACAUUAGAAAAAAAAGAAAAGAAACGUCAAAAUAAUAAUAUCUCUGGUGAAGUCUCUCUCUGACUUGCAACCCUUUUCUUCUCCAGUUGAUUAGAUUUUUCCCACUUUACACUUUCUCCCAUUCUCUCCACCGCUCUGCGACAAUGUCGGCUGCUUUCAUUCCUAUGGAUCAAUCUCAGAACAACAUUCUCAUGGAUUCCCAGCCUACUACUUCCUCUGUGAAAACUGUGAAGAUUAGCAAUGUUUCACUCAAUGUCUCCAAGAAAGAACUCAACGAGUUCUUUUCUUUCUCUGGGGACAUUCACUACGUGGAGAUGCGAAGUGAGACGCAAGAAACUCAGCUUGCUUAUGUUACUUUCAAGGAUCCCCAAGGAGCAGAGACUGCUAUGCUCUUAACGGGAGCUGUCAUUGCUGAUCAUCGUGUCAGUAUUACUCCUGCUGUUAACUACGAGCUGCCACCAGAAGCCCUUGCACUUGACUCGCAGGAAUAUUCAUUCAAUGGCUUCACUGUCAAGAAAGCUGAACAAGUGGUCAGCACCAUGAUGGAAAGAGGUUACGCUGUCGGCAAAGACGCCAUGGAGAAAGCCAAAGCCUUUGACGACAAACACAACCUGGUCUCAAACGCUUCAGCAACCAUCGCUUCCCUCGACAACAAGAUGGGUUUGAGCGAGAAGCUAAGCAUAGGAACUACCGUGGUGAACGAGAAGCUGAGAGAGGUUGACGAGCGGUAUCAAGUGAGGGAGAUCACAAAAUCCGCUUUAGCAGCUGCUGAGGAGAAAGCGAUCAGCGCAGGAACGGCUUUGAUGGCGAAUCCUUACGUGUCAAGCGGAGCUUCGUGGCUAUCGAACGCCUUUGGUGCAGUGACAAAGGCCGUUAGGGCUGAGAAUGGAGGAGAGGGUAGAAAGGAGAUUGUCCAACUUGAUGACGCUUCACCUAAAGCUCCUGCUGUUGUUCCUGUUAACUCGGUGGACACAGACUUCACCAAACCAAGUUUCUAAGAUUGUCUUAAACUCCUAUUCUUUGAUACAUUUGCUGUGCAUAUACAUGCUUACAUAUUCAUUUGUCUUUCUUUCAUUAUUGCACAACAUAAACAUAACAUAAACCUUAAAAAUGUAUUUUGUUGUUGUUACAUUCAGCCAUCAUUUUGUCAUUA